CCAGCCCCUAGCACAGAAGACGAAGAGCUGGAAUAGAGCUCGCCUCGGCUCUGCUGGCCUUGGCUGCAGCUCUUCCAGAAAACCCCGGGCUCCCGCAGAAGAAUCUCUUACCUGGCUCUCUCUUCAGGGAUGACAUCAUCGGCUCACACCAGUUUUCCAGGACCACCUUCUGGAUGCCAAGGCUGCUGCUCGAGUACCUGCUGUGCACCUCUACCUCCUGGUACCCCAGCCACUCCCUCGAGUUGCCUGCGUGUUACAUGGCCUAGCCAAGGAGCAUGGAUUCCAGGAACGCACUACCAUACAGAGCAACUCCUUGUGGACCCCUCUGGGAUCAGGACAGCGAGGGACAAGCGACAAAGAGGACCAUCAGUGGCCAGCUAGUCUCUCUGGGGUUCAAACCUUGAACCAGUGCCCUAGUGAGGGGGCACUGGCCAUGGCCCUUGACCUUUGCUCUGCUUGUGUCUUGAGUCUGAGUCCUUUCCUGUACAUCUGUGCUUGUGUUCAUCUGCUAGUGAACUGGAGUGCUGCCCUCCCCGAGGGGGGUCGUCCCUUGUGACUGACCAUGCUGUCCUAACAAUGUCCUGAGCAAAAGGGUCCCUUUGGGAACCUCUCAGGAGGGGGACCCGGGUCAGGGGCGACCAGCAUCUUGCUGGCAACUCCGUGGGUGGGGUGGGGUGCUUCCUUCUGGAAUGAGCACGUGGCUGACCCCCAAAGGCAUGUCCCCUCCCCCUCCUCCACCCACCUUCUCGGAGAUGUCCCUUUUGGGGUAGUGGGGACAUUAGGAGCAACCUCCUAGGGUUGUUGUGAGAAUUAAAUGAACUGCAGCAGCCUGAGGCAGGGCUGGGCAGAGACCUCAGCACAUGUUUGUUGAAAGGUUUGCAGGUGGAUCUAGUCCUCCCGUUCAUGGCUCAUGUGUCUCAACCAUUCUCCCGCAGACUCCUGCAGCCCCUAUGCCCAGGGCUCUCCUUGCUCCAGAGGUAGGUGGGAAAGAGAACUGGGAGAGCCCGGACUCACUCAUGAGAUUGAACUUAAAUUCACACGGAGGACACUUGGACUCUUGCCACAUUGGCCCCGGCUUCUCGAGGCCUGUCUACACUCGCUGCUUUCCUUCCUCACCUCCAAUUUCCCCUCCAACCCACUGCUUCCUGACUCGCUCUUCUCCAUCGAACGGCUCUCGCUCAGGUUUAAGACUUGGCUUGCUGGCCCUGGAGAUCCCGUCGCCGUCUUCGUCGAAUUCGAACUCCUAGCCAUCGUCCUUCCCUGGCCUGUCGCGUCUUCCUGUGCCAUUUGCUGUUGUGCUCAGGUUCCACGAGCUGCCCAUCUCCACAGAAGAGCAGCUGGCAUUGCCCACCGGCCAUGCCGGCUGAAGAAAAGAAGUCUGAGGACCCCAGGACGCCCAGCGCGAGGACCCCAGGAAGCCCAGCGCGAGGACCCCACCCACGACGCCCAGCGCGAGGACCUCACGCACAACCCUCCUGGAUUAGGCCAAAGCCAUCAUCUGGAAUCCUGCGUGGGACCCUGGACACACGGACACAGACACCUGCCCCCAGGACCCUCCAACUGUAAAUCGAUUGGAAGCGCCCUUGUGAGCUGGGGCCUUCAAAGGGCUGAGGAGAAAAUGCAGGCCGAGAGACCAGCUUCUCAAAUAGGCUUCAAGCCUCCAUGACCUGAGCUCACCCCCUGGAAAUGUCUGGAAAACAUAAUGGGCAGGUUUUCUGUCUUCAAAGUUUCCAUCAAAACCUCUUCAAGUUCUUUAUUGUUUAGGACUGAGACACUUGGGGACAGUCAUGGGGACUUUCUUUUGUAUCUGUCUUGAAAGGCCAAAAUAUUUUUAUAUUGCUGUAGACAAAGCCACCUAUUUACAAAUGGACUCUGUUCCGUCGUUUCCCACCAGGAAGACCGUACUAUGUUUGUGUCUCUAUGUAUUCAGGGGUCUUGAAACAGGUUUCUCAUGGGGAUGGCCAUUCACUAGAGCCCAGAGGGGCAGAAGGGGAAGUGUCUACCCUGCCAAGGGGGUCUGGGGAAGGAGGGGGGCUAGUCUCAGAUUUGCUCCUUGUAUGUCUAGGGUAAACCCUGGGAGAAUCUGGGGGUAAAAGAACAUAUGCUGUGUUUGCCCCACAUCUGCCAUUUGUGUGUGUUUCUGGGCUACGGGUUUGCACACUUUGGUGGUUAACAUGGUGGGAGGAAGUAAGAAGGGCCAAGAGGGCACGGGUGCUCUGGUUUUCUUGCUGGGAGGCUGUUUCACUGGUGUGUGUUACAUCACAUAAUGCAUGUUUAGCUGGGUGAGUGACAACAGUAUGAAGGAAUAGAGAGCAAGUCACAGAGUGCACAGUCACCAUUCUGUCUCACGGGUGCCCAGGCGUUUGUUAAAUGUUCAAUAGAAUGGUGAGCUCUGAUAGGCAGAGAGGGCCACGGACAGACUGGUAUUGGGUCAUCGUGGACCCAAGGAGUUUUUUUUUUUUUUUAAUUGAAGAAGGAAUCUUACAUAACAGAAGAAAGAGCUGUCAAAACGAGCUCUGAGGUUUUUGAAGCCCCUUAAUAUAAACAGACAGACAAUGGCGUGAUCAGGAAAGGGAGAAAACAAGCAAAUGAACAAGAUGCUUACAAAAUACGAGGGGACAUGUGAGCAUGCAAAGAGAACCCAGCUAGGUUAAUAUCGAGGUGCUGGUGGAUCGUUAAUCCUGUCUGGGUACCCCAGCUCCAAGGGGAUGAGAGGCAGCAAGUGAGAAAGAGAGGACACAUAGGAAACUGUAACAAGACAGGGGGGGGAGAGAGAGAGAGAGAGAGAGAGAGAGAGAGAGAGAGAGAGAGAGAGAGAGAGAGAGAACAGAUGAGGAGCUGCUUCAGGGCAGGGUUAAGCUAGGCUUCGCAAUCUGACCACUUAACUCUACCAGCAAAGAAAAGAAAGGCUUAAAUACUAAAAAGAAGGAAAGCUGGAAGAAAGGAUGGUAGAUGUGAAAGGCAUAGAGGAUAGAAAGCAAUAGGGAGUGGAGUGCAGGUGCUGUGGAGGGACGCUUGCAGGUGACUCAAUUCACCAGCCUGUGCAGCUGAGAAAGAGAGCCAGUGACAAAGGAGAAGAAGAAAGGUAACAAUAGGCUCACAAAUAGGUAGAUGAAUGUAGCUGGAAGGCCUGGCUAGGGGUGGGAUGAGAGGCUGUGUCAGCAGACUGGUUAAUUCCCGUCUGUGCUUCUGAGAUGGACAAUGACCCACCCGACCAAGAGACCUUUCAGGCAUCAAUAUGUCAGGGAGGGCUUCAAUAGGGCAAUGGAGGCGAGGCCCAUUAAUAGCAGAUUAUGAUGUAUCCAAUUAGGUGCACCUGCCCUCUGGAAGUGCAGAAACCAGUAUUGAAAUGAAAAGAAAGACUGAAUGGAAGUCCGAGCGUACAAAUGAAUGGAUGGGAAAAAAGAUUUGCAUUUGCUCUUAGGGGGAGGGUGCUGCUGAGCCCCAGGGUCAUCUGAUCUCCUGGAGAAUAAAAGGGCGAGGGAGUGAUAGAGACUAACAAUAAGAUGGGGAAGAAAUGAAAAGGAGUCCAGAAGAGAAUAAGUGGGGACAAUGAAGUCUAGGAGCGCGGCUUGUUUAACACAAGUCAUCCAUAUUAAUUCAAAAUUGAGGCCCUGGGAUGGGAUGGGCUGGGUCCAAGGGAUGAAGCUGUUGCCUAGCAUGUGCCAAGUUCUGGGUUCCAUCUCCGCCUGGCAAGACAAACACAGGAAACAAAAUUAUAGCCCAGAGGUUGUAAAUGUUGUUUUUGAUGGUUUUGGGACAAAGAGCUCGAUCAGUUGGAAGAUAGAGAAAUAGGAAGAGGUGGGAAAGAGUUAGAGGAACACAAGAGGAAGCAGCAGUUCUUAAGAUAAGUGUUUAAAUAUGGGGAAUGCGUAUCUCUUGGGUGUGUCAAGAUGAAAAUAACAAAAAGAAACAAGUUUAGGGAUGACCACAUAAGGAUGAGCCGGAAGCGGUGACUUUAGUUCAUCACUGUGGCCAACUCAAGCCCUGUCAGAGAUUUAAAAAAAUGUACAAAGGAGAUAAAGGAAGACACAUGCAAUACGGAAGAGAGACAGGACAGACAGACACAGCGAAAAGGCUGAGGACAUAAUGAAUAUCCUGGAGACAUGCCUGAGAGGGUCGCAUAGGGAGGAGAGAGAGAACAGCAAGAAUUCUGCUUAAUUCAAAACUGGGCUCCUGAGAUAGCUAAAUAUCUCCUGAACCCAAGCACCAGCACAGGAGAUUAAAUAACAAAAGAGCUGCAGGCAGACCCAAGUGGAGAAGGCUUGGGACCUUCAGAUCACGCUUAAUCUAAAUCUGUGCACCUGAGGUCCAUAAAUAAAAGAAUAAAUAUUGAAAUAAAGGAGUGACAGAAAGGAUGAAUGAGCACACAUGACUGAAUUAGAAAUGGAAAUGGCUAGAGCAGCCAAUAAGGAGUGGCCCAUGGGACUUUUGCUCAUCUUGUUCUGGGCACCUGAGGUCCUUUCGUGAGAAGUUGCAGGGAGAAGAGGGGAAGGGAAAGGCAUGAGAGCAAAUGAAAGAGAGGCGAGGAGAGGAAAUGAGAAAGUAGCAAAGAGGGGAAGCGAUCGGUGGGUGCCUCGGAAGAGGAAUGUCCACGAGGAUUAAUAACGAGGCUUUCAUUAAUCCUAAAGAUCGAUGAGGUAAUCCAGACCCAGGUUCUUAAGGGGAGGGAGAAUGGAGAGAAUUAAAAAAAAAAGACGCAAAAAAGGAGAGAAAGAUAAUAAAACAAGCAACAUGAUGAAUGGGUAAUUAAGAGAGGCUGUCUGGACAGAAAUAGUAAUGAGUUCCCAUGCAUAGUCCUUAAAUAGAUAAAUACAUUAUACCUCUCAAAGAAUGCGUGAAAAAUCGAAGAACACCAUGGCCCCCAAACAAGGCUGCACCUUCCAUUGCUGUAAUAAAAUACAUGCAGCGGAGAGCCAUAAAUAACGGAAAAUACUUAAAUGUAAAAGGUGACCAGAAAGAGGGAGAAGAUUGCAAGCCCAGAUACACGAGGGAGGCGAUGUUUGCUUUGCAUGUGUAAUACAAUUAUGUUCACAGGAAAUUAAUAGAUUUAAAAAAAAACCAUCCAAACUAAGACUGGGAGAAAAAACAAGGAAGGGAGGGAAGCGAGAUCUGAGAGAUGGGGCUGAGACUCCUGGGGUAGGCUCAGCAUGGCUUUGACUAUUCUGCACACCCGGACUUAGAAAAGUGAGUUUGUCAGGGCAGGAGGAGAGAGGUGAAAUCUGAAGCAGGUGGGACUGGGCAGAUGGAUAGAAAAGGAAUGGAAACUACACGAGAGGUGCCGGGGGGGGGGGGGGUCUAAAAUCUGAGGCUACGGCUUGGCUUGUUUAAAGCUGAGCCCUUGUUGUCCCCAAAGGAAUCAAAUCUUACUGCUUUUGUGAAGGAAGAGAGGAUGGCAACAAUAUUGCAGGAAGAGAGGGAAGGGGGUAGGCAAGGAGGCAGGGAGGAGCUUGCAUGUGCUAUUUGCUGACUGGGAUUGGUAAUAGAUAGCUCUUGGCCCACCACAAGCUGCUUCCACACAGCCUAACUGACUGGGAGCAGCUAUGGAUCACCAUGGCCAUUUUUUUGCUUGCUGGGGGCCAUUUCACUGUCUGUCACAUCUUCAGUCCAUAGACACAUCCCUGCACAGUGCCCUUUCCGUAGACGUGGAUAGGAGGGAAGGGCUCAGGCCUGGGGCUGUGGAGAUAAUUGUAUGAAUAGGGGGCGCUAUGCCCAGUGGGUACCUUGUCUCCUCUCUGGGAAAGGAUCUCUUCUGAUCCUGAUGUGAAGGGGCUUAGCCAGCCAAAGGGCAGGAGGAGGGCAGGGGAUAGGAGGCUUUGUCUGCUACUGUCUACCAUCUUGAGUGUGACUUACACCAAGGUGCAGACAAAGUGAGCUUGACCUGAAGCCCAGAGGCCCAAGAGGCCCCGGUGAAGCAAGUAUCUCUGAGAUUAAGCCUACCCUUCAACUCAGAGAGUGGACCCCUGCCUAGGUCCCAGAUAUGCCACCCCUGGAGCCCGUUUCAAGGCCCAUCUUCCAGAAUGUUUAAACCUGUGUAUGUAACCAGUAAAAUGGGAGUUUGUACUGUGUAUUGAAUCUGUCUUAUUGGCCUCCGUGGGCUGCUGGGGGAGACCUGGAGAGUUGUUUAUUCUAGUGUCCCCCAUCCCCUGGGACUCUUUGCUUCUGCCCAGUUUUCUUUCUCUGUUGUGGACAAGAUUUUGUAGAGUUGUGUGUUGUAUGCUUGUGUCUGACUAUUAAAAAAAAAAGUCACAGCCCUCCUUGACUUUUCAAUUCCUAUUGGGGGUGCUAAAAUCCAAACCAAACCAAUCCAAACCAGAUUCUUGUCCAGUGCCCAACAGGAGGCUAAUAGCUUGGCUGGAUCAAGGGAGCAUGUGCAGACCCAAGAACAGAGUGGACAGAUGGGCUCUACGGCAAGGGGGCUUUGAGGGCUGAGUGCAGGCUUAGUUAGAAGCUUAGAGAGAAGGUACGGAAGAUUGGGGAGGGUGGGGCUGCUGCUACCUGAGUUGCUGAGGGUCUGAGACACCAGCAAGGCGGAGGGGCCCCUGGAAGAAGCGUUUUGAGAUGACUGAAGAAGGAAGAUGGGCGCUCCCUACGCUUCUAGCUUCAAGGUUUUUAGCGUAGGCCCCGAUAGACGCCAGCCGCCUCCGAUCGUGGAAGACACAGCCUAACCUUGUCAGAAGCCACCUUCUGUGCCCCCAGCACCACGUGUCUGGGCCACGUGAGCAACGCCACGUGGGCCUGACGUGGAGCUGGGGCCGCAGGGGUCUGAUGGCCUCCUGUUUCAGAAUCUGGGGCGUUUGUCAUCCUUGGGACAACUGCUGACCUGGCUCCGGAAGAUUGUCCACACAAGUCUGAGUGACGGAGUGAGAUGAGGGGGCGGGUGGAGAUGCUCAGAAGAGAAUGGCCUUUGCAUGGGGUUCAUUUCCAGCUGUUUUAGAGAGUCAGCCAAGGUGACAAGGUGGGGUUGGGUGCAGAGGAGAAUGCUGGGACUACAUGUGGGCUACAGCUGUGAAGUCAGUGACAUGGGGCAGCAUGGGGAUGGGUCUCUAGGUGGGCCUUGUCUCAACCUUCAUGCCAGAAGAUUGGAGUGGGUACCAUGGGUUACUGUGGGUCAGUGGGAUCUUGGGAGGAACAAGGGCUUGGGUAGGUGACUUUGCCAUGUCACCUUGGGAUCUAGUUGCUUUGACUCUUAAUCUGAACUGGAAUAACAAAUGUCUCUCGGGGUUCUGAGAGUCCGCGGCAGGGUUCCCUAGGAUUCCUGUGGGGAGGGCGGUCUGCAUGUGCUCCCAGCGCUUCUGCCCGCUCAGGGCUGUCUUAGACAUAUUUGCUUUUCCUCUCAACAUUAUAAAAGAAGGCAAAUUUUGUCUUUUGAUCGAAAAUCCUAUGCAAACCACAACAUCCUUUCUCUGAUAAUACUGGGACCUACAGCUCUCCUCGGCUCCCCCCGCUACUUUGAGCCCACUUUUAGGGCAGGUAGGUCAAAGGCCCUGGUGUUUUCUGAGGUGAAGUUGUUAAUGUAAAGAUAUGUAACUCAGAGCAGGGGGAAGAAAGACAUCCCCAACUCUGCCUCCCCGUGCUCCAUCUUCCUUUCUGCCCUCCAAAUUCUUAUGAGCAGUUUUUUUUUUAAUUUUUUUUCCAUUUAACGGGCAUCUUUUUUUUUUUUUUUUUUUAAAGCUCCAUUGGCAGUGCUUACUUUUCUGUUGGUGUUUUGUGUCUGUUGCAAUGAGCAUCUUGCUGUCCACGUUUUUGUUGCUCCAUGGUCUCGCUCACCUGCUUGGGUUCCAUUGAAUGGCUAUGACGUCAUGAUCUACCCAUCUUACUGUUGCUGAUGCGUGUUCAUCCCCUUUCCUGUUUUUUAUUUUAUAUUACCGAUCACACCAUAACUAAUGGCUUUGCACAACCAGCUUUCCCAGCAUCCCUAGCGCCCCCUACAUCUAGCUCUUCCCAUGGUUCCUUUCUUUUCUCCUUGCUUCCUUCUGCUAGACUGUGAGCCCACUCAGGGCAAGGAGCUUGUGGAACUGUGCUCUGUAUUUCUUGUAGGAUGUCUAUGAAUGUUGACUGCAUGUGUGCGUGUGCGUGUGCGUGUGCGUGUGCGUGUGUGUGUGUGUGUAAGGGUGGAUAGGUAUGAGUGAUUGAGUGAUUGAAAGAUUGGCAGGCAGAUGAGAGGAUAGAUGAAUGGAUGAAUGGAUGAAUGGCUGAGUGAGUGAAUUAAUGGAUGGAUAUAUUCUCUGUGGUUGAGUUUCUUGGAUGAAAGGGUAACGAUGUUUGAAUGGCUGUUGGUUGAUUGAAGAAAGCCUACAGUAUUUUAUCUUGUCUGAUAAUGUAUUAGCAUUUAAACUGAUGUAUUAGUAUUUAAGGUGUCUGCUGACUUUCCUCGCCUCUCUGUUAAAAAAUGCUUUUGUGUGUGUAAAACUUGUUCUAAUUACUAAUGAAGGCUGAAUACUUUUCACCCAUGUUUGUUAACAAAUUGUAUCUUAUCUUCUGUGAACUGUUUGUCCAAGUCCAGUGGCUCAUGGCUCUUUAAGGCUCUUGGUUGAGGGUGUCCUUAGACUAGGCAAUGGCCUUUCAAAGAUAUCUACAGAAUGAUGUGGGAGGCUCAGCUGACUUCCAGGUAGCUUGGCAUUCGAAUUUACUUACCCUGGAAAACAGGGAGGCUGAUAUCUUGCACCAGCAGGUAGAAAACAUUUUUAGGCUUGUGUCUGGGUUCACCAUGCCUUUCUAGCUUAUGAGCCCUGACCUGUCCUCUGGACCUCUUGUGGUGUGGCAGUCCUCCACCUUGUCCUCCUGAGUGAUAGACUACAUAUAUGCCUCUCCCCUGUUCUGGGGUGUAGUCUCUGAGGCCAUUUCUUACAGGAACUGGCUUCUUAGUGCUCUGUCUUUAUACAUCCCUUAGCUCUAGUCUUCCUAUGCACCUCAGUGGCAGUUGUGGUCUUAAUUUAGGGAAUGAAUGAGAAAUUCAGUUCAGGACUGAUGUGACCCUCAGGUUAGUUCUAGGAGCAAGGCCAUUUUAUGGUCUCGGCUCUUCCCAUCCUGCUCACAGGGCAGUUAUAGCCAUCUGGGUAGGGUGUGUGUUCCGGGGGAGCUCAUGCUGCCAUCCAGAACUCCCUCCCACACUCUAUUAUAGCACUCAGCGUGUCUGCCUGUGUUCAGCCCUCUCACCCCAUGCUUAUCUGGACAUUGAAGCUUGGAAAGCCAGUGGUGACUUCAACUGACUUUAAUUCAUCCAUCCAUCUGUCCAUCUGGUUAUCCAUCUAGCCAUCUGUCAGUCAAUCCAUCCAUCCAUCCAUUCAUCCAUCCAUGCAUACACACAUUGGGCCUCCAUCACUUGACCUGGUGCUUUGGACCUCUCUCCCUCUCCUGAAAGCAAACCCCUUCACCUUGGGCAAGCUGUGUGAUACCAUGGGCUGUGGUCAUGAAGCAAGGGCCCCAUUCACAGCCUCCUCCUCCUAGGUCACGGCUCUGAGCACGUCCCAGCUGGACCCCUAUCACCACAGCUUUUUCUCCAUAAGGCUUCUCACACCUCACACCCUUCUCCUGUGAUCCCGGAGGGCCAGAUUCCCAGAGUGCCCUGGGGCUGGCCCUUCCCACCAUCCCCGGAGCUGCCUCCCCAGGCUUCACACUGCCUGGUGCAUGGUCCCUGUCAUGAGCUUGGCCUUCACCUUUGCAGCUUCCUCCACCAGAUGGCAGUGGUUGUGACUCGUGUGCCCAUUCCUUCGCACCUUCAUUCAUUCAUUCUCUUACAGCCAGCAAGCAUCUCUUUAAAAACAAAAAAUUAGCUAGUGCUAUACUAGAGCCAGCUCACAAGCACCCAUUGCACCGCUGUCCUUUGAAAGAAAAGAUGGGGACAUUUGUAAAGAAGCUGUGUUUGUGUGGCCAAUAAGAGGAGCUCCUUGAUUUCAAUUCAAACUUCAGGUCUGAGUUCUAUUGCCAGCUUGAUUGCUCUCUCCAAUUUUGUUCCUCACAAAACUAGGUUGAUUAGUAAUCAGCAAACUGUGUUCCCUGGGUGCUCAGAAAUCAUAGCCCAGAUCCUUAAGAGGCCCAAAUGAGGAGUGGACUAAGCACAAAGCAGCUGCCUCUGGCUGCAAGCAGGCUUUCAAGGCUGUGAGACACUCUGUUCUUCUACGAGGAUGAUCUGAGAGCCAUUCUGGCCACUUUGGAGCUCAGCUAAUGCUUGGCUCCUUUUUAGAGAAAAUUGCAGGAGAUGGUUGCUCGUACAGGUGACAAGGAUCAUGUCCCAAUGCCCUUUCUGAAUAAUCCAUUCGCAGACCCAGGCGAGCAAGGCACGUGGCACUUUGCAAACCCCUGUGUGUUUCAGGAGGACCCAUGCUAGGGGAGGCCUCCUUUCAGCUUUCUGCUGUGAAGGGGAAGAGGGCACAGGUCUCUUCUGAGUUCUCCUCCCACUGGAAGCAGUAGGGGCGGCAAGGCCAGAACCUGGAGCUGGACAAAUUGUGUGAUGGAUCUUGCCUCAGGGCUGUUGUGAGGAUUGGUAUAACUGGACACUUCUGACUGUGACCCUAAAAGGCAGUGUAUGUGUCCCUGGGGGUGUGCCAGAGCAUUGGCAACCCUAGCCCUGGAGUGGAGGUGGCCUUGCUUGGGUAUAGUGGGGAAUAGUUUGUUUCUGUUAAAUUUGUGUAUUUUCCUAUAAAAUAGAGACUUUAACACCACAGGAUGGGGGACUCUUUAGAUAGUACCCGUGCCCUCCGCCCCCCUCGGACACAUCCACACCUACCUCUAGGAGAGGUUGGGGUUGUCUUUAGCUCUCUGACUGAGGACCAAGCCUCUGACUCAGAACUGUAUAUGGCACCUAGUUACAUCCCUCUCCAAAAGGCUCUUCCCAGGGGAGCACUUGGCACGAUCUGGCAGACCCCAUUGUCCCUUUCCCAAUGUCCUCUCUCCCACUAACAGCAUCAGGCCAAACUGCCUGAGAUCUGGUGCCUACCACAGUGCCUGGCCAGGGGUAGGGCUUCAGUGACCUUCUGUUGUAUUUGUGUAGAUAGAUGAGCAGCUAACAAUUGUAACAGGUCCUAGGGGCAGAUGUGUAUGGUCUCAUUCAGUGGUUUGUAAUGGAGAAUGUAUCUGAACCCAUAUCAAGUCUCUCUUCCUUAACCUGUUAAGCAGCCACUGUUGUCCUGGGCUGCUUUUGCACCUUGCCUUGUUGUCUUUCAUGCUAAGUAAAGAAACUCCUGCUUUC